AUGGCUCCGCCCCCUCCAACCAAUGCACCACACGUGUUCUUGUCAUGCUUGGUAAUCGUGAGCAGCAUGGCGUUGAUGGACGUGUACCUGGUGGAGCAGAACCACGGGCCACGUAAGAUCGGUGUGUUCAUCGUGGUGAGCGUGGGUGACGUGUGCUUCCUCAUCGCACUGCGCUAUGUUGCUGUCUGGGUUGGAACCGAGCUCAGAACCGCAAAGCGUGGAUAUGCUAUGAUUCUCUGGUUCCUCUACAUGUUUGUUUUGGAGAUCAAAGUUUAUUUCAUCUACCAGAACUACAAAUCAGACCGGAAGAGCCUGGAUACUCUGACACGUAAAGCUCUAACGCUGCUCCUCUCUGUGUGUGUUCCCAUAUUGUUCAUUAUUCUGGUCGCUGUGGAUCACAUGGAGUAUGUCAGGGCAUUUAGGAAAAAGGAGGAGAUAAGGAACCGGCUCUUCUGGGUGGUGCUGGACCUCUUGGACAUUCUGGACAUCCAGGCAAACCUGUGGGAACCUCAGAAGAAAGGCUUUCCACUGUGGGCUGAGGGCUUGAUGUUCUUCUACUGCUACAUCCUGCUGCUCGUGCUCCCAUGUGUUAGCCUGAGUGAGAUUAGCAUGCAGGGCAUCAACAUCAGCCCACACAAAAUGAUGCUGUACCCCAUCCUGAGCCUCAUCACCAUCAAUAUCAUCACCAUCUUCAUCAGAGGAGGAAACAUGCUGCUGUACAAAGAUGGCCGUGUCUCAGGGAUCCUCAUGGGGAAGAAUAUCCUGGCCAUCGUAAUGAAGACAUGCAGCUUUGUGCAGUACAAGAAGCAGCUGCAGAACGCUAACCUCAGUGCUAAUACUCCCCCUCCUCUUCCUCCUACUCUUCCUCCUGCUGCUCCUGCAGCAGCCUUCAGCGUUGAGCUGCACAAAAACUCACUGACUCACUGUCGAGAGGUUUCUCAAACAUCACUGCCUAAACUCCCUGCAUCCGAACACACAUGA